CGCAUGCGCAGUAUAUCCCCGCGGCCAUGACAUAUGGGAGGGAGAGGAGGGCACCAUACCUCGUUCAAACUCACACUUGGUCUCCUCCUAUCUCUCUUUGCUCACCCAUCACUCCAGACGAGACUCUCUAUAAAGACAGUGGCCCAGGCGGCUGUUAGCCGUCAGUAAUGGCCAACUAUCUAGGGUCUGGUUUUGCAGGUGUCACAGGCCCCAUUAGCACUGCUGUACCUAAACCACAAGAUAUCAAGUUGACCAAUUUAUUAGAGGCUUGUUUACAGAAGUAUGGCGUUUUUGACACUCCAGAAGGCCAAAAACACAGGCUCCUCGUACUAGGAAAGUUAAAUGAACUUGUUAAAAAAUGGAUCAUUGAUAUUAGUAAAGAGAAGGGUAAGUCAGAAGCAGAAGCUAAAGAAGUUGGUGGUACCAUCUUUACAUUUGGUUCCUAUAGACUAGGAGUUCAUGGGAAAGGUGCUGAUAUUGAUACCCUCCUCGUAGCGCCAAGACACAUAGAAAGAACAGACUUUUUUAGCUCUUUUAAGGAACUUCUUUUUGAGGCAAAGAACGUAACCAAUGUUAGGGCUGUGCCAGAUGCGUUUGUCCCUGUUAUAAAGCUAGAGUUUGAUGGAGUAGAGAUGGAUCUGUUGUUUGCUCGUUUGGCACUGCCCGUCAUACCUGAUGGACUGGGUCUCCUCGACAUGAGUCUUUUGAAGAACCUUGACGCUAAAUGCGUCAGGAGUCUCAAUGGCUGCCGAGUGACAGACUCAAUACUCAAGCUAGUACCCAAUCAAGAAACCUUUCGACUUGCUUUGAGAGCAAUUAAACUAUGGGCUAAACGUAGGGGUAUAUAUUCUAAUGCUCUUGGAUAUUUAGGAGGAGUGUCUUGGGCUAUGCUGGUUGCUAGAACAUGUCAACUUUAUCCCAAUGCAGCUUCCAGCACCAUUGUACUCAAGUUCUUCUUUGUUUUUGAGAAAUGGAACUGGCCACAGCCUGUAUUAUUAAGAAAGGCUGAAGAAGACGUCUUAGGACUGAACCUCCAAGUUUGGAAUCCCCAGGUUAAUCCAGGAGAUGCCCACCAUCUGAUGCCAAUCAUCACUCCGGCCUAUCCUCAACAGAACUCUACCUUUAAUGUAACAAAGUCGACACGUGACGUCAUGUUGAAUGAAUUUAGAAGAGGAUUGGAUAUAUGCAGAGAUAUAGACGUUGGGAAAUUGUCAUGGGACAUUCUCUUUGAACCAAUCAAGUUCUUCUCAUUAUACAAGCAUUAUAUUGUCAUCUGUGCAACUGCUAUCGAUUCCGAUCUUCUCCUUAAAUGGUCUGGUCUGGUUGAGUCCAAGAUACGUAUCCUAAUUGGUAAGCUGGAGGAUAACGAGAACAUCAAGAUAGCUCAUGUUAAUCCAACAUCGUACCCUCGUAUUGUCCCUGACAGUACUGAUUCUCAUUUGAUGUGGUUCAUUGGUCUCGAGUUCUGUGUUGGUCCAGGUGGCGUGAACAUAACUCUAACAUACGAGAUACAAAUGUUCAUCAAUUCAGUUGUUAAAAGUCCAGCUUUACAGAGUAGUCCUGAUUUACGUAAUGGCACACAGCUUGAUGUAAAGCAUGCAAGAAGAAGAGACUUGUCUGAUUAUUUAUCUCCUGACAUUGUUCCUCCUCUUCCGAAAAAGAAGAAACAGUUUCCAAUAGACAUUGAGACUCCCUCUCCCAUUUUAAAGAGAGUCCAUAAGAUAGAGAGAGUUGAAGAGCCUCGUGUAUCAAAGCGUAUCAAGAUAAUGGAUGAUCCUGAUAGUUUGACUGAUUCUUCUAUAGGAGGGGGAGAGGCCACUGCGAAGACCACCAACGUUGACGAAGAUGAAAGCAGUCUAAUGUCAACUGGAAAGAUUGGUUCUCUUAAUUUCGAUUCAGCUGAUGUAUCUAUCACAGACAUUGAUCCAAUGGAGAACAGCAUCAAUGAUUCAUCAUUAAUGAUGUCAGACUCUUCAAUGAUGGAACACCAGAAUGAAGAAUCAAGAAAUAUUUCGUCACUGAGUACGAGUGAUUCCACUCUUACUACUACUACUACUAACAAUGUCUCUACCUCUUCUUCAUCAGCCAAUGCCUCCUCCUCAUCAUCAGCACAACACAAUCAUUCAAACACUCCAUUAGGACCACUACAAGCAAUACAGCAGCAGCAGCAGCAGUCGUCCGCACAGACAGCACACAUUAAAAAGAACAUUGUCCUCAAAUUAAGCACACAUAAGUAAUAUCAUGCAACAGAGCGCAGCAGCCAUUAUGACUUGGGUUGCUGGGCCCGUAUGAGCGCAUACACUCUUCUUAUUUAUGACUAAUUUUACGUCUUCCUGCCCGUCCCCUCCUCCCUCUCUCUCUCUUCUUGCUCUCCUUCCUUCUUUCUAAGAGUUCUAUAAUACUGUCCUCUCCAUCCUGAUUUUUGUUCAUUUAUCCUGUUUUAUAAUAAUUUAUUUAAAGAA